AUGUUCUCUACGUUACAGGGUGUAAUCGGCCCCAGACCAUUACCAAUAUUUGGCAAUAGGAUCGGCUUAUUGACAAAACACGUGCGACAGCAUUACGAGUGGUUAAACAAAUAUGGCAAGAUUUAUGGCCAUUACGUCGAAAAUGCCACCCCGGUAUUAAACAUCACCGACCCUGAGCUUAUCAAAAUGAUCCUGAUCAAGGACGCGCACGUGUUUCCCGAACUGAGCAAGGCCAAAGUAUUUGUCGCCUCGUUUCACGACAAAAUGUUGUCCCUAAACGCCAACAACUGGCGCCAGUUUAGGCUCAGCUUCGCACCCACCCUGACCUCCGCGCGCAUGCGUCAGAUAUACCCACGCCUUAUGGAGUGCGUAACCAACCUAACCGACCAAUUAGGUCGGUGUCCGACGCUUGGCAACGCCCCGAUUGACAUAAAGUCAAUGUGCCUGUGUUUUGCCAUGGAUAUUUUUACUACCUGUGCGUUUGGCAUAAAAAUUGAUUGUUACGAUCGGGAUAACCCGUUUAUGACCAGGGCCAGGCAAAUGACCGCUAGGAACGCCUACCUCGAACUGACCCAGUUACUUUUGCCAAAGUGGACGCACCAUUGGCUGGGUGUGGAUUAUAGUGCCGGUGCUAUCGAGUAUUUUGUGCAGGCUAUACGACAUAAUGUUCAACAGCGUCGUAAACGCCCGAAUGAGAUAUACACGGAUUUUAUUCAGUGGUUAAUGGAUGCCAAUAAAAAUGUUAAUAUCACGGAAGCAGAUAAUAAAAUCGUGGCGGUAGCGAUAACCAUGACCCAGGGCAACUACGACAACAUAGCAACUGUGGUGGCCAUGUGUUGCUACGAACUGUCCCGCGAACCGGGAUAUCAACAGAAACUGUACGACGAGCUAAUGGGCGCCGACACCGACCCUAAUACCGGACAUAUAACCUACGACUCGCUACAAGGGUUGGCCUACUUGGGAGCGGUAGUCGACGAGACACUGCGUCUACACAACAAGGGAUAUGUCGUAAAACGGGUGGCCAAAUACGACUACCCAUUGGCGGAUACUGGACUAGUGAUUGAGCAAGGUCAACAGAUCAACAUACCUACCGGCGCC